CCUUGGUCAGUGUAGUUUGUAUUUCAGCACUUCAUCGAUAUCUAUUCUUAUUUUUGAAACGAAAAACAAUGAUCAAAUAGUGGAAUUUAAACGUAUUAAACAUCAGUUUCAAACAGCAAAUAUGUUGUCUGGCCCAAAUCGGCUUCCGUAAGUUCAAGCUAAAAUGUCUUAAGUACGCACGCGCUGGGAGGUAGUGUGAGAAAAUGGCAGACGUCUCUUUGGAUGAAGUGAUACGACAGCGCGGUAUUAAUCUCAAGGCACCAACCAAAAGGCCCAUGUUUGGACGGGGUGCAGGAGGGAUUGGCAAGAGCUUUGACGCUCGACAGAAGAUUGGGGUUAAUGAUGUCAGACAGCGGCUCGGAGGAGGAGGAGGAGCAGGAUUUCAAGUGAAAGACGCCAGAGAAAAGCUUGGUCAGAAAGAUGCUCGCUUCAAAAUCCGUGGCAGGGGAGGAGCAGGGGGAGUGCAGGAUGCCCGUCAGAUGAUCAACUCACGCAAACAGGGGCAAAAUCAGUUCAGUGUUCCGUCUCAGACCACACAAAUGACAGCAGUAAAGCACCAGCUACAGAGCCAGACACUUGUGCCACAGAUACAGAUACACACUAACAACAAUCUUGUCAGUGUGAACACAAGGCAGUUUGCCUCUAAUGUACAAGGACUGAGCAUGAGGGGCGGUGCAACACCACAGCUGAGCAAUAAUAAAAGAAUGAUGGAUGCUCGUGACAGGCUGAGCCUCAAGAGAAGCAUUGGAGGGACACAGACAGUUGCUGCACCACCCCUGAAAAUAACCAAGACCAUUCAGCAACGUCCAGUGGGGAUGUCAGGUGGAAUCCGUGCAGCAACACAGCCUGUCUCAAAGGAGCAUGAUGACAUCUCCAGUAAACAAAUAAAGAUCACUACAGCUAAUAGUAUGCUACAGUCACGGUCUGGUGCAGCGGGCUCCACAUUUUCCAUGUCCGCACCAAUCACCAAGGUGGUUAAAAAUGAUGCGUACACGGCCCCACGUCCCCCUGUUCCAGUGGCUCCCACUCGACCCAACCCCAGCAUGGCUGCUGCCAGAUCCUCAGCUGCAACUUUACAACCCGUCUCCAGGACUCUCCAGCAAAGCACAGCAGAAGCUACCACCACGACUCCUACUCCCCCUCAGCCUGCUUUCAGUCCUUUGGAGGGGACAAAAAUUACAGUUAACAACCUGCAUCCCCGGGUUACUGAGGAAGACAUAGUUGAACUGUUCUGUGUGUGCGGGGCCUUGAAGCGAGCACGACUGGUGAAGGUGGGUGUGGCUGAAGUUGUGUUUGUACGUAAGGAGGAUGCCGUGAGCGCAUACAGGAAGUACAACAACCGCUGCCUGGACGGCCAGCCUAUGAAGUGUAACCUUCAUAUUCAGGGAAAUGUCAUCACUUCUGAUCAGCCCAUUCUAUUGAGGCUCAGUGACACUCCAGGCACAGGCAGUGGUACAAAAAAAGACGGUCUGCCCUCAUCCUUAACUCGUCCCGCCGGUCAGCGAGCCUCAUCUCAGCCCACUCCAGAGGUGGACCCCCAGACUAUCCUCAAGGCUCUGUUCAAAUCCACUGCGCAGUCCACCUCCACCACUGAGCCCCCCAGCUCACAGGCCACUGCCUUUCGCAUCAAGAUAUAGCUUUUGUCUAGUGUGAAUACACUGUCUGUUCAUAAAUGUGUAACUGCAUUGUCAGUGUUCACAUACAAACUGUGUUUUUCACAUUGACAGCAGGCAGCACGUGUUGUCUCAUAUGAAGCUGAUUUUUACUCAUUUGAUAUACAUGACUUCUCUGAACGUGAAAUUCAUGGAUACGCAACAUCUUGUUUUCAGCUAUGUGGUAUCCAAAUGUCACCAGUUUGUCCCUGAGAUGGAGCAGUGGAAAGAAGCAAGAUGUGAUUUGUUGUUUUAAUUCAGUGUAUUUGGGGAGUUCCAAGUCAAAUUGAAUGCGUAGGGAUGCUUUGUUUUGUUUGUUUUUUUUAUUUUUGUCAAUUCUAUUCCAGCGCAUUUAGACAUGUUAAGUUGUUUUAAUACUCCAAUUUAACUCCACUUUACCCCACCCCACAUGUCCAACAAAGGAUGGGAAGAAAAGCUGUAAAAGAUUAAUUGACAGAUACCAAGCAGCAUUGUCAUUUUUAAAAGAUACAGUGUGUUGAAGGUCCUGUGCGUCCACACAGGUGUGUUUGGUUAUAUUGUCUUUAACUCUUUUUGAAUUUUCUGUGGGUGUACAGACCAUUCAAGUAUACCAAGAUAGCAGAUACCAUAUUGCUGAUUAGGUAGUACAGUGAGGUUGCCCUCAGCAAGUCCUGACCGCAACUCUGCCUAACUUCAGCCUGAGAAAAGGUCUUCCCUACACGAAAUAACUGAACACAUUUGUGUGAGUAAAUCUGGGAUGGUUCAAAACCGCCGUCAUGCUAUGUUGAUUUUUUUGUUUUCACCAUCCUUGUGGCAUACAGAUCUUGUGUGCUCUGUUAGUGACGGGUUUUGAAGCAGUAUAUGUUCAUUUCUUUCUAGUACACAUUACACUCAAUUUAUUUUCAAGGACUGUAAAUUACAUUAUGUUCCUUUAUUGGUAUGUCAGUCAAGAAGAGAUUAGAGAGGUCAGACCUGUCUGUGAAAUGUCACCAUUAAAUAUUUAGCUUUGUA